CACAGCGUCCCCGAAAUCUAGCCAGCCACCGCCCACCGCCUCCCUCCUCCCCGCCUCUCUCUCUUUCUCUCUCUGCGCCAAGAAAGAGAAGGCGCCACGUUGACAUUGCGGAUGCCGUAGCGGGGGCGCGCGCGCCAGCCAUGCGCUCGUGAUGAUCCGGCCGUUCCAGAAGAUCGGCCACGGCCUCGAAAAGGUUCUCGUCCAGGCGCCGGAGGUCGUCGUCGCCGCCGUCGUUGGCCUCGGACGGCACGGGCGCCUGCCUCCUCGAUGGACGCGCAGGCGCAGCCUUUCACCAGGCGGGCGCUGUCCAGGAGCUGCGGGUCCAAGGGGAGCCGGCUGUCCGUUGACCAUCCGCCGCCGCCGCUGGCCGGCGGCCCUUCGGCGGACAAGGGGGUGGCAGGGAGCUCGUCCUCGCUCGCGGUGCCGCCCGAGCCGGCCCGUCGUGAGGGCCCGCCCUCAGACGCGGAGAAGGUGAGGGAGAAGUUCUCCAAGCUACUGCUGGGGGAGGACAUGUCCGGCACCGGCAAAGGGGUGACCUCUGCUCUCGCCCUUUCCAACGCCAUCACUAAUCUUGCAGCUUCUGUGUUUGGUGAGCAGCGCCGUCUGCAGCCCAUGGCCGACGACCAGAAAUCGCGGUGGAAGAAGGAGGUCGACUGGCUUUUGUCCGUCGCCGACCACAUUGUUGAAUUUGUUCCUUCGCAGCAGGUCGCCGAGAAUGGGACCUCCGUGGAGAUAAUGAUAACCCAGCAACGUCAAGAUCUACAGAUGAACAUCCCCGCGCUGCGCAAGCUCGAUGCGAUGCUCCUUGAAUACCUCGACAGUUUCGCGGGUAAGCAGGAGUUCUGGUAUGCGUCGAAAGACGCAGAUGGACCGGGCAAGGGCAGCACGCCGAGGCAGGACGACAAAUGGUGGCUCCCGACUGUCAGGGUCCCUCCUGACGGUCUGUCAGGUGCAUACAGUAAAUGGCUUCAGAACCAGAAGGACCUCGUUGCGCAGGUGCUCAAGGCAGCAAUGGCUAUCAACGCUAAUGUCCUUAUGGAGAUGGAGGUUCCUGAAUCGUACACGGAGUCGCUACCGAAGAAUGGGAAGUCCACCCUUGGGGAUUCAGUGUACAGACUUAUAACCGACGAUCAUUUCGACCCUGAAGAACUGCUACGCUCCGUGGACUCGUCGGAUGAACACAGCAUUGUUGAUCUGAAGAACAGGAUCGAAGCCUCAGCAGUCAUCUGGCAGAAGAAAAUGACCCACAACAAGGACAGCAAAUUGCCCUGGGGACAUAGUCACGAGAAGCGGGGAAUGUUCGAAGGGAGGGCGGAGAACGUUCUUCUCCUCAUCAAGCACAGGUUUCCUGGCAUUGCCCAGUCGGCGCUGGACAUAAGCAAGAUCCAAUGCAACAAGGUAUGUAUGGGACUGGGAUGCCUCGUCAGAUAUACGCCAUUUGUUGCUUUGUUUGUUCAUUCGAAUGCCUUGCGUACCUCCCUUUUGUAUUCGUCAGGAUGUUGGCCUUGCCAUUUUGGAGAGCUACUCCAGGACUCUGGAGAGCCUGGCUUUCACGGUCAUGUCUCGGAUCGAGGACGUUCUGAGCGCGGACUUGGCCGCUCGAGAUCUCAGGAACACGGAAUCGAUGAGAAUCGCCGCCAGCUUAGCUUCGGACGACACCGACAAGGUCGUCUCAGACGCUAAAGCCGAGGUAGAGAAGACGGGGAGAAUGGAGCCGGUUUCGCCGGCGCUAUCUGACUUGGUCGGCCCGAAGCUGACGAAGAUCUCGCCAGUUGCAACCAAGAGGUUUUCGUACCUUGAGAAUCUGGGUGGAACAAGAAGCCCGAUAGCAAGACACUAGCUGCUGUAGGUAGGGGGUGUAGUGAGGGUAGAUGGAUCAUGCCGUCGCAGAGCCUUCGGAAGAAGCUUUGUACAUAGCAUAGAUGCCCACUGCGAACGUUUGUCUAACGAUAAUGUGACAUCUAAUCGACUAAUAGAGGCAGAAGUUCUUAGAGCGCAAACAUUAUCACC